AUGGUUCCACCUCUUAUGUUGUUAUGCAAGUAUGGUGAUCGUACCAUUGUGUUCAAAGUUGUGUCAAACUGCAUGUUGAAGGAUUUAACUAAUUUCUUAAGUUGGAAACUGAAGACGUUUGACAGUAGUGGUUGCAUACUGUUAUCGUACUGUUUACCUAGACAUUCGCUAUGUAUGAUUGAUGAUGAUUCUGAUUUUCAGAAUAUGUUGUCGCUUGUUUAUCCCCUUGGUGUUGACCGGGUUGAUGUGACUAUUACUGAAAUGGGCAUUUCAAAUGAAAAACAUGGAGUUAGAGAAUCAGGGGACGCUAGUGGAUCCAAUAUUACUGAUGAUGAAAUGGAUUUACUCCCUAUGUUUUGUCAACAUGAAGAAAGGACUUUGUUGUCUUGUAGAUGGGUGAAUGGAAUUACUCGUGUAGGUCAAAGAUUUAUUGGAGGUGCAAAGGAUUUCCGGACUGCAUUAUGUAAAUAUGCCAUUGAGAUAGGAUUUGAGUUUGUGUAUGUGAAGAAUGAGAAGUGUCGGGUCACUGCUGUGUGUUCAAUGCGGGAGUCCAAAGCUUGUUUAUGGACUCUACAUGAUGAGCAUACUUGUGGAGCUGCAGUUCGUACUUCUAAAAACUCAAGGAUGAGUUCAAAUUUGGUUGCAAGUUUGAUUGUUAAUGAAGUUCGUGGGAAUCCCCAAACUCGUCCAAUUGAUGUUGUGCGUCAAUUUACAGAUCAAUAUGGGCUCACCAUUACGUACAAUCACGCUUGGUUGGGAGUUGAGAAAGCUAGGACUACUACUUUUAGAGAUUUCUCUAUGUCUUAUGAUGAGAUUCGAUGGUGUAUGGAUAUUAUGAUGAGCACAAAUCCUGGUAGCUAUUUGCGUCUUGACUAUAACCAUCAAAGUGGACGGUUCAAGGGGUUUUUUGUUGCAUUUAAUGCUUCCAUUCAAGGGUUUAGGUAUUGCCGUCCUCUAUUGUUUAUCGAUGGAACUUUUCUGAAAGGGAAAUAUAAGGGCACCUUGUUAACAACAACAACGAAGGAUGGGGAUCAAGACUUAGUAAUUGUAAAAUGUUAUUUUUCAUGUUUUUUCCCUCUUGCAAUGGCAAUUGUCGAUACGGAGACUAAAGACAGUUGGGAAUGUUUUUUUAUGCAUUUGUCGAAUAUAUUGUUGGAUGAAAGACCAAUUACCUUCAUAUCUGAUUGGAACGCUAGACUUUUGGAGGCUUUACCCAAGUGCUUGAAAGAAUUACAAGAUGAGGGAAAAAGGGAUCGUUUAUGGGUUUCUAUCCAAUUUGCCCUAUGA